AAUAAAAGGGGAGGGGGAUAUAAAUAAACAAAUGCAAGAAGGUAAAAUUCUGUCUGCUGGUGCAGUAAGGAGCUAGAUGGCAGCUGGUCAGUCAACUCCGCUGUGGGCUCCACUGGGACUGCUGCUGCUGCUGAUAGGAGUGAUUUCCUCCCACAUACCUGACGUGCAGGGCAGACCAAUUGACUUUUGGUGUAAUCGUCAAGCCAGAAAGAGUUUGGAGAACGGGAUCGCGGGGCUGAAGGAAGACAUGGCUAACUGUUCAGACACACUGCCAUCUCCUGUACAACUACCAAAUGUUGGGCUAAACCAGGCAGAUUGGAAAAAUAAAACUCUACAGAACAAGCAUGAAGAGGUGUUGGGGGCCUUACAGGUUUUUAGAGAUGGAGUGCAAGGGGCAAAACUGAAUGCCACACUGCAAUGUCAGACCUCACUGUUGGAGAAGCUGGAGCAUCACACUGAAAAUUAUUUGAGGAUUGUCAACAGGCUUCAGAUACAGAAGGACACCAUCUCCUGGUGUCAUCCUGUAGUACCAUCUCAUUCUGCAGCUCAGCACUGUUCCAAUGAAACCAGCUUGAAAAAAGUGCUGGAACAGUACAGAAGUCUGCUCCUAGGAAAACUGUGGUUCCUUGUUAUUGACCUCCAUGACCAUAUCUGUCAAAAAGAACACGGGACAACCAAUACUUCAUGCUCCUGAGAUUAAUUUACCAAAUGGAAAUGAGCAUAUUUGCACUGCUAUGCUGUGUUGCCUGAACUGAUUCAAGACACAGCUGGAAAGUGAAACAGCUCAGUGUGGACUCAGAGGAUUCGUGUUGAUGAAGACUCAAGAAGAAAGGACUGGGACUGGACUUGCAUUCAGAAUGGUGAUGAUGUUUUUGGCAGAACUUUUCAGUCUGUCAAUGUGUGCACUGAAAGAAACACUAAGAAGCUUUUAUCGGGUGUGUUACUGGCUUCUUAAGCAGCUUCUCCUACUUAUAAUUUUAUAUUUCUUCUUCUCAAAUGUAACUAGUUUUGAGUCUACAGUGAUGCUAACAGCUCUGUGAGGUGUUGUUGAUUUAUGGGAAUUUCAUUACUUCUGCAGGUAUUUGGUCAUAAACCAAAGUACUGCACAAAUAAAAAAAUUGACCUCAUGAUGGUACAAGAGAAAAAGUAAAGGUAUUAACAAAGGAUUGAGGACCAUAAAUAUCUAUGCAAUGUGGACUACAGUUGUGGACGGACCAACUGACUGAGUGGCAGACCUACGUUGCCAUCCUUAGACCCAUGCUGCUGCAUGGCUAAAGCAGAGAUACAAAAAUGAACUUGAACCACUUAACUUGACAUUUUUGGAACUCAAGUGAAGGAGAUUGUAUUGAUAGUAAUGUGAGCUUGUUUUAGAUUCAAAGCACAUGAAAUAGGGUAAGUGAAGUCAGUAAUCAUCUUUACAAAAAAUAUUGAACACCAUUUGUUAAUAUCUGGAAAAAAAAUCACCGAUAUGGUUUGAAGAUGUUUUGAGUGAAGGUAGUGUGCCUGAAAAUUUUCCUGGCUUUAUGCCUGACCCCACACGUUGUAUUUGUUUCCAUGUGAGUUGAUCUAAUUGUGCAAUGACCAGCAUUUUGUAACACUGCCAGUAUCAGUGCUAAAAAGUGUGGCCAUGUACUUUGUGGUUCACUUCAUGCAAUGCAUAAUCAAGACUGAGACUGUAGCACCCUCUAUGGGUGCAGGAUGGGAAGUGCUCUGUUUUGGAUUUUGUUGAUCUGCUCACAUGGAAACAAGGAAAAUAGACAUCUCAUCUCUUCUUCAUCUUUGACUGUGAAAGGCUGGCAAAUGGAAGUCUGUUCAUUUUUAAGGUGUGCAGGAAGACUUUGAUGACGAUGCUCAUAUUUCUUGAAUGAAAGGAGGAAAAGGAAGAAUCCUGAUAUUUGGAAGCAAAUAAGAUCCUGAAAAUAUGAAACAGACCCAGUUACAGUGCACUUUGUGAUUGAGUUAAAGCACUCAACAGUGUUUUCAAAUGCCAACAUUUCCUCCCAUGUCAUUGUUGAUGAUGUGAAAGUCAGCUGUAAGUUGUGCCGAAAACAAGGAAACAACUGUACACUUCAUCUAAAUCAGUGGAUACAUAUUUAAAUUUACCAUGUUUCAUUUGAGGUCUGAGGAAAUAUCAGUGUAGCUUUUAUAGAUUUUGUGUGUAUGCAUGUACUUUUGUAAAAUUAAUGUAUCAAUAUGUAUAUAGAAAAUAUAUGUAUUAACAAGAAUUAUUAUUUAUUCAUGAGGGGAGGACUUCAGACAGGGAGAAAGGUGGGCCAUUAUACUGUUGCACUACUCUGUAUUAUUUGGAUUACUUUUGUCAUAAGUAUUAAACCAGUCACAGCAUCAGCGUCACAUCAAUGCCUCAAUAGUGAACAGGCAUUGCACAAU